AUGGCGUCGGACUACAGCGAAGUGUCUCCAGUGGUGGAGACAACGCACGGAAAAGUGCAAGGAACUCUGCUUAAAACCAUCUACGAUGAACCCUUCUAUGCGUUCGAUGGAGUACCUUAUGCUGAGCCUCCAUUGGGUAAAUUACGUUUCAAGCAGCCUUUUGACUUGAAACCUUGGCUUGGUGUACGUGAUUGUACUAAGCCACUGGACAAAUGUCUGCAGGUUCACACCCAGACAAAAAAUAUAGAAGGCAGCGAAGAUUGUUUAUAUUUAUAUAUAUCUGUUAAGACGUUAACUAGUAAGAAACCUUUGCCAGUUAUGGUCUAUGUGCAUGGAGGAAAUUUUAAAAGUGGCGAUCCCACGCGGCGAUCAUGGUCCCCGGACUACUUUAUGCGUGAAGAUGUUGUCCAUAUAAGCAUAGGCUAUCGUCUGGGUGUAAUAGGAUUUCUCAGCUUUAAGGAUCCUUCGCUAGAAGUGCCGGGUAAUGCUGGCCUCAAGGAUAUAGUGCAUGCUCUUAAAUGGAUCAAGGCCAAUGCACACAAUUUCAAUGGUAAUCCCGAACAAAUAACUUUAUUUGGUCAUAGUUCUGGCAGUAGUUUGGUCCAAAUGCUACUAGCGAGUCCACAAGCUGAAGGACUUUUUAACAAAGCUAUUCUCAUGGGUGGCUUUGGUACGGAAACAAAUCGUUUGCCGAACAUGGAAUACCGCAUGGCCAAACACUUGGGCUAUGAAGGUGCGAAUUCAGAUGCCGAUGUGUUUGAUUUCAUAUGCAAAGCAGAUCCCAAGCUAUUGGUAACUGCUAAAUUCCGGACACAGGAGGACAAAAUUGGAUCUGAUUAUAUGUUUUCGCCAUUUCUCCCAAGUGUUGAAGCAUAUGCCACUCCAACAAGCAUACUUUUGGCCGAACCCAUUGAAUUACAACGAAAUGCUUGGAGCAAUCGUAUACCAAUUAUUAUUGGCAUUACCAGUGGUGAAGGCAUAACUUCUGUCGGUUCGGAGACGUCGGAAUAUGCAAAGAACAAUCCAGAAAUGUAUUUGCCACCUACUCUUAAUCUUCGUUGCGAUCCUGGGCAGUGCAUUGAGUUGGGAAACUCCCUAUUACAGUUUUUCAGUAAGAAUAAUGAGCCCGAUUUAGCAGAAAUUUAUAACCACAACACGGCCCAUGCUCAGCAGCGCACUAUAAAGGCCCGUUUGGCCUAUUCCAAGGCUCCAACUUAUGUUUAUCGGUUUGAUUUUGAUUCACCUGAUUUUAAUUUCUAUCGCAUACGUAGUUUUGGCCUUGGCACACAUGGAGCUAGUCAUGCCGAUCAGUUAGGCUACAUUUAUGUCUUGCCAAUCUACACCUUUAAAUUGGAGAAGUCGCGAAGAGAAUUUGGCAUUAUUUGUGAGAUGGUUUCCAUGUUCACCGAGUUUGCCAAGACAUCUGAUCCGAAUUCGAAUCUCACCAAACCCCUGGUAGAUUGGAAGCCUGUUACAGCAUCUGGACCAUACAUGGUUUUAAACAUUGCCGAAGAAUUGAAGUUCAUACAACAGCCAGAGUUCGAAAAUCUAAAAUUCUACGAUCAACUCUUUGAGAAAGCCGCAGUGCCAUUAUUUUAAAGGUCUUUCCUAAAAAGCUUAAAACUAAUUUAAGUUCAGGGCCCUGGAAAUCGGCUUUGAUACUCGACAGCUUAUCAGCUCGUGUGUUGGUUGAGAUUAUUGUUCCCAAAAACUUGCAAAUUAUCACGGGUGCUUAUCAACAAACAUUCUAUUAUAUCCAGUUCAGUUUAAAUGCAAUUGGUGUCAAAUCCACUUAAAUAAAAUUUGUUGUUCUUUGAA